CGUGGCUCUGAAAAUAAAAAAAGAAAAAAAGGUGACAGGUUUAGCGAUACGUUCUUCCACCAACUAUCGAUUUCUGCAUAAUAAUCUCAAAGGGAAAUUGCACCUUUCAACUUUCAUUAAUAUAUUAUACGAUGAUUAUAGUCGGACAAAGUUAAGCCGAUUAAAAAGGACGAACAACCUUUCUUUUUCUUCUUCUUCUUCUUUUUUUUUUUUUAGAUGUCAGAAAUUAUCACUUAUUUUUUUUGCGUUUCGAACAAAAGGGGAUAUUUUCGAUCGAUUAAUAAUUAGACGUUUGACGAGAAACACGAGGGUAAUUAUUAAUAAUUGGAAACGUAUGCAUAUUUCAAUAGCGAGACAAAGUAUAUAUAUAUAUAUGUAUGUGUAUGUAUAUGUGGGUGUGUAAAUAAUAAAUUAGAAAGGAUAUUGGGGUUGUACUUGAAGGGAAAGACAGUCGCUAUAGAACCUCUACGAAGUGCGGAUCGGUCUACGUAAAUAAUUCUAUAAAUUUCAAUCGUUCUUAUCGAUGUCUAUCAAUUUUCAAAAUACCAAUCGGUUGAACGCCUUAGCCAAUUUGCUUUCGGGCAAUGUUUUACCCGUAACUUCAGAUGGAUCUGAAUUAUCCUUGCUAUCCAAGUUAUACGCCAUUUCGACUUGGAUAAUAGUAUUAAUAUAUACAAGUGGUUGUGUCAUUGCAAUAUUUCGUGUGUCCAAGGAAUAUGCCUUGAGAGAGUGUACAGUGAAUUUAAUAAUCGUCGUUGAGGUUUUUUUCAAUAUCUUUCAUAUGUACCACCAAAGGGAUCUUUUGAAACGAUUGAUCGACAAUUACAAUCUUCUAUUUUCUAUGGGUAACGAUUUAUUAAAAACCACAGUUGUAACUUAUAUUGGACCCGUAGAAAAAAUGUUGAAAUUUUAUGCGAUCACUGAAGUCUGUACGGUUGUAUUUUGGGUCUCAACGUCACUGGUGACGGUGUUUCAAAAAGAAGAAUUCGUACACGAGGAUUACGCUUUGCCGAUUAGUUUCUCCGAGGAACCAAUCUCUCGUAACGUUUAUAUCGUAAAUGUCGUCGUUGAGAUAUUCGGAUCUGGUUAUUUGAUUUUCAAAAAGGUCAGUGCUGAUAUAUAUACUUUGCAUUUGAUACUAUUGUUAACGUCGCAAUACAAGUAUAUGAAAAUGAAAUUCGGGAUGAUAUUUCGAAGAAAAGAUAAUUCCUCAAAAUCGAGAUAUCAAAGUGAUCGUGUCAUCGAGAAAGAACUCGAUUCUUUGUUUCGUCAUCAUUCCGUCGUUGUUCGGAGCACGAUCAUGCUGAAGGAAAUACUUUCGUUCAACGUCUGUGUCGUUCAUUUGGAUAGCGUCUUUCGAUUUUGCUUUUUAAGCUUCAUGCUUGCCAUGGUAUCGUUUGUGAACAUGACAGUGGAUAUCGAAGGAUGUAUAUUAAUAUCGUAUACCGUUGCCGCUAUUUUACAAUUGUAUAUAAUUUGUUUCUACGUACAGGAACUUUUCGAAAUGGGUUCGAUAUUGGCGGAUGACGCUUUUCACGAGGAAUGGUAUUCCUGCGAAUUAUUGGUGAGAAAAAAUUUCAGAAUAAUGAUACAUGCGAAUAAGUUGAAGUGUCAGCUAGCUCCAUGUCAAAGCGUCGACUUGUCCUUACCAUCCUUUAUGCAGAUUAUCAAUCAAGCCUACUCCGCGUGUCUGCUCUUUUUGAAGAUGAAAUAAAACCGGUUUGAAGGUGGAAGGAAGGUGGGUCCCACCCCCACCCCCCACCCCGCGCAAAAAAUAUCUCUCUCUUUACGAGAAUUUCAUUUUGAUGAGGUGCACGCGCUACUUCACCGAAACCGAUUGUAAAUGGGAUCAAUAAGAAAUUGAUUGUAUCGACGAUUCUAUCUUUUCCCUCAUAGUACGAAUUUGUUUAAAUCUUACCAAUCGAUUUCUGU